AUGCCUAUAGCUCGUGAUCGUGUUGAACAAUUACAAGUACAAAAAUUAAUUUAUGCCGUAAGAACAGAAGAUAUUGAACAAGUACAAAAAUUAUGUGAAAAAGGUGUCGAACAUCUUGUGAAUUAUAAUGAUCCACAAAAUGGAAUGACUGCACUUAUAGCGGCUGUAACACAAAAUAAUGAAAAAAUGAUCCAAUUUCUUUUACAACUUGGUGCUCAUCCAGAUGUUAUUGAUUUUACUGGUCGUACAGCUGUUAUGCAUGCUGCUGAAUAUGGUCAUAUAAAUGCAUUACAAUUAUUACGUGAUGCUAAAGCUAAUUCAAAAAUUCAAGAUCUCGAAGGACGAGAUGCCAUUUAUUAUUGUUUUACUGAACCAACACAACGUCAUAAAGCAUGUUUAAAAAUUUUAAUUGAAAUGGGUGCUGAUGUUAAUAAUCGUGCACAUAAUGGUAUGCCAAAUUUAGUACAUGCUUGUUCAAAAUCUGAUGAACAAGAAGAUUUUUGUAUUGAUCUUAUUCGAGCUGGAGCAGACGUUCAACUUGUUGAUGAAAAAACAAAACGUACAGCUUUACAUAAUGCUUCUUUAUCAGGAAAUGCAAAAGUUGUACGAGAACUUUUACGUGCAAAAGCUGAUCCAAAUGUUUUAGAUAAUAAACAGUCAACACCUGCUCAUGAAGCUGCUAAAGGUGGUCAUUUUGAGGUUAUUCAAGUUUUAUCUGCUUAUGGUGCUAAAUUUGAUGUAUACGAUGCACUUGGUAAUAAUCCAAUUCAUUAUGGAGCAUCAUCAAAUGCUGGUACUGCAAUUCGAUUUUUGGGUCAACGAGGUUGUAAUCCAAAAACUAAAAAUCUUGAAGGACUUAUUCCAAAAAAGAUUGCCGAUCAAAAUAAAGCAAAAGAUGCAAAGAAAAAUAUGCGAAAAGCAGAAAAAGGUUAUAAUGAUAUGACAGCCAAUUUACGUCCAGGUAAAUCUAUUUUAUAUGAGAGAGACAAAAGUUCUUCUACUAAUUAAUCGUUUUAGAAUUGAGUCUAUGUGCAUAGUUUGGGUUCUAAUGACUGAUGAAUGUCUUAAAAAGAUUCCCAAACUCUUAGCUUAUUGCUGUAGAGACUCAAUAUUUUUACUAUAGUUUUUAAAAGCAAAGCCGAUUUUUUGAUCAGAAACAUUGGAAAAAUUGAUUUUCGAAUUUGAACUUAGAAUUUUGCGUAAAGAUUGAAUAAUUUAUUAUGAAAAAUGCUUCUAACAUAACCGUAUCAUCCC